GACUAAAUUGCCACCAUGAGUACAGACGCAGAGAUGGAGGCUUAUGGCCCUGCAGCCAUUUACCUCCGGAAGACAGAAAAGGAGAGGAUUGAGGCUCAGACUGCUCCAUUUGAUGCCAAAACAGCUUACUUUGUGGUGGAUGCUGAUGAGAUGUAUCUCAAGUGCAAAGUUGUGAAGAGGGAGGGUGGCAAAGCAACUGUUGAAACAGAUGGAGGAAAGAGCGUAACUGUAAAAGAGGAUGACAUCCACCCCAGGAAUCCUCCAAAGUUCGAUAAAAUUGAGGACAUGGCCAUGAUGACCCACCUCAAUGAGCCUUGUGUGUUGUAUAACCUCAAAGAGCGUUAUGCAUCAUGGAUGAUCUACACAUACUCCGGGUUGUUCUGUGUGGUCGUGAAUCCCUACAAGUGGCUUCCAGUGUAUGAUGCUGUUGUUGUAGGAGCAUACAGAGGCAAGAAGAGGAUUGAGGCUCCACCCCACAUCUUCUCCAUCUCUGACAAUGCCUAUCAGUUCAUGCUCACUGAUCGUGAGAACCAGUCUAUCCUGAUUACCGGAGAAUCUGGUGCUGGGAAGACUGUCAACACCAAGCGUGUCAUCCAGUACUUUGCAACAAUUGCAGCUCUGGGUGGCAAAAAGGAGACACAAGCUGCUGGCAAAAUACAGGGCUCCCUUGAAGACCAAAUUGUUGCUGCCAACCCUCUGCUAGAAGCUUAUGGAAAUGCCAAGACAGUGAGGAAUGACAACUCUUCCCGUUUUGGUAAAUUCAUCAGGAUCCACUUUGGUACUAGUGGAAAACUGUCCUCAGCUGAUAUAGAAACAUAUCUGCUUGAGAAGUCCCGUGUUACCUUCCAGCUGUCUGCUGAGAGGAGCUACCAUAUCUUCUAUCAGCUUAUGACAGGCCACAAGCCUGAGCUCAUUGAUGCUCUGCUGAUUACCACCAACCCCUAUGACUACCCAAUGGUCAGCCAGGGUGAAAUCACUGUCAAGAGUAUCGAUGAUGUGGAAGAGUUCAUCGCUACAGAUACUGCUAUUGAUAUCUUGGGCUUCACUGCUGAUGAAAAGUUUAACAUCUACAAGCUCACUGGUGCUGUAAUCCAUCAUGGCAACAUGAAGUUCAAGCAGAAGCAGCGUGAGGAGCAGGCUGAACCUGACGGUACUGAGGUGGCUGAUAAAAUCGCCUACCUCCUGGGUCUGAACUCAGCUGAUAUGCUGAAGGCUCUGUGCUACCCAAGAGUCAAAGUCGGAAAUGAGAUGGUCACCAAAGGUCAAACUGUCCCACAGGUCAACAAUUCAGUCAGCGCUCUGUGCAAAUCUAUCUAUGAGAAAAUGUUCUUGUGGAUGGUCAUCCGUAUCAAUGAGAUGCUGGACACAAAGCAGUCAAGAGCCUUCUUCAUUGGAGUCCUGGACAUUGCUGGAUUCGAGAUCUUUGAUUACAACAGCUUGGAACAGCUCUGCAUCAACUUCACGAAUGAGAAACUGCAACAGUUCUUCAACCACCACAUGUUUGUCCUGGAGCAAGAGGAAUACAAGAAAGAAGGCAUUGAGUGGGAAUUCAUUGACUUUGGUAUGGACUUGGCAGCCUGCAUUGAGCUCAUUGAGAAGCCAUUAGGCAUCUUCUCCAUCCUUGAAGAGGAAUGCAUGUUCCCCAAAGCCUCCGAUACAACUUUCAAGAACAAGCUGGUUGAUCAGCAUCUUGGCAAGAACAAGGCCUUUGAGAAGCCAAAGCCUGGAAAGGGCAAAGCUGAGGCUCACUUCUCCCUGGUUCACUAUGCUGGUACAGUGGACUACAACAUCACUGGCUGGCUGGACAAGAACAAGGACCCACUGAACGAUUCAGUGGUUCAGCUCUACCAGAAGUCUGCAAACAAACUGCUCUGCUUCCUGUAUGCAGCUCAUGCAGGAGCUGAGGCUGAGGCUGCUGGUGGAAAGAAGGGUGGGAAGAAGAAGGGUGGUUCCUUCCAGACUGUGUCUGCUCUGUUCAGGGAGAACUUGGGCAAGCUGAUGACCAACUUGAGGAGCACUCAUCCUCACUUUGUGCGUUGCCUGAUUCCCAAUGAAUCAAAGACCCCAGGUCUUAUGGAGAACUUCUUGGUCAUCCACCAGCUGAGGUGUAACGGUGUACUGGAGGGCAUCAGAAUCUGCAGAAAGGGCUUCCCCAGCAGAAUCCUCUAUGGUGACUUCAAGCAGAGAUACAAAGUAUUGAAUGCCAGCGUCAUCCCUGAGGGACAGUUUAUUGACAACAAGAAGGCUUCAGAGAAACUGCUGGGCUCUAUUGAUGUGGACCAUACUCAGUACAAGUUUGGACACACUAAGGUGUUCUUCAAAGCUGGUCUUCUGGGAACUCUUGAGGAGAUGAGAGAUGAGAAACUGGCUGAGCUGGUCACCAUGACUCAGGCUCUCUGCAGAGGAUAUGUCAUGAGGAAGGAGUUUGUUAAGAUGAUGGAGAGGAGAGAGGCUAUCUACACCAUCCAGUACAACAUCCGUUCAUUCAUGAAUGUGAAGAACUGGCCAUGGAUGACUCUGUACUUCAAGAUCAAGCCUCUCCUGAAGAGCGCUGAGACUGAGAAGGAGCUGCAGCAGAUGAAGGAGAACUAUGACAAGAUGAAAUCAGACUUGACUACUGCUUUGGCCAAAAAGAAGGAACUGGAGGAGAAGAUGGUCUCCUUGCUCCAGGAGAAGAAUGACUUGCAGCUCCAAGUGGCUGCAGAAGUUGAGAGCCUUUCAGAUGCAGAGGAAAGAUGUGAAGGGCUGAUUAAGAGCAAGAUCCAGCUUGAGGCCAAACUCAAGGAGACAACUGAGAGACUGGAGGAUGAAGAGGAAAUCAAUGCUGAGCUGACUGCAAAGAAGAGGAAGCUGGAGGAUGAAUGCUCUGAGCUGAAGAAGGACAUUGAUGACUUAGAGCUCACCUUGGCUAAAGUGGAGAAGGAGAAACAUGCCACUGAAAAUAAGGUGAAAAACCUGACAGAGGAGAUGGCUACUCAGGAUGAGGCCAUUGCCAAGUUGACCAAGGAGAAGAAAGCCCUCCAAGAGGCCCAUCAGCAAACACUGGAUGAUCUCCAGACAGAGGAAGACAAAGUCAACACUCUGACCAAGGCCAAGACAAAGCUGGAACAGCAAGUGGACGAUCUUGAGGGUUCACUGGAGCAAGAGAAGAAGCUCCGUAUGGACCUUGAGAGAGCCAAGAGGAAGCUUGAAGGAGAUCUGAAGCUGGCCCAGGAAUCCAUCAUGGAUCUGGAGAAUGACAAGCAGCAGUCUGAUGAGAAAAUCAAGAAGAAGGACUUUGAAAUCAGCCAACUUCUCAGCAAGAUAGAAGAUGAACAGUCGCUUGGUGCUCAGCUUCAGAAAAAGAUCAAGGAGCUCCAGGCUCGCAUUGAGGAGCUAGAAGAGGAGAUUGAGGCUGAGAGAGCUGCUCGGGCUAAGGUUGAGAAGCAGAGAGCUGAUCUCUCAAGAGAGCUGGAGGAGAUCAGUGAGAGGCUUGAGGAAGCUGGAGGAGCAACCGCUGCUCAGAUUGAGAUGAACAAGAAGCGUGAGGCUGAGUUCCAGAAGUUGCGCAGGGACCUUGAAGAAUCCACCCUGCAGCAUGAAUCCACCGCAGCAGCUCUUCGCAAGAAGCAGGCCGACAGCGUUGCUGAGCUGGGAGAACAGAUCGACAACCUGCAGCGUGUUAAGCAGAAGCUGGAGAAGGAGAAGAGUGAGUACAAGAUGGAGAUUGAUGACCUGUCCAGCAACAUGGAGGCUGUUGCCAAGGCAAAGGGCAAUCUGGAGAAAAUGUGCAGGACUCUUGAAGACCAACUGAGUGAAAUCAAAGCUAAAAAUGAUGAGAAUGUUCGCCAACUGUAUGACAUUAAUGCACAGAAAGCAAGACUCCAGACAGAGAAUGGUGAAUUUGGUCGGCAGCUUGAGGAGAAAGAAUCUCUUGUUUCUCAGCUGACAAGAGGCAAGCAGGCUUUCACUCAGCAGAUUGAGGAGCUCAGGAGACACAUUGAGGAGGAAGUGAAGGCUAAGAAUGCCCUGGCCCAUGCUGUUCAGUCGGCCCGCCAUGACUGUGAUCUGCUCAGAGAGCAGUUUGAGGAGGAGCAGGAGGCCAAGGCUGAGCUGCAGAGAGGCAUGUCUAAGGCCAACAGUGAGGUGGCUCAGUGGAGGUCCAAAUAUGAGACUGAUGCCAUUCAACGCACUGAGGAGCUGGAGGAGGGCAAGAAAAAGCUUGCCCAGCGCUUGCAGGAGGCUGAGGAGUCCAUUGAAGCUGUGAACUCCAAGUGUGCCUCUUUGGAGAAGACCAAGCAGAGGCUCCAGGGUGAGGUGGAGGACCUCAUGAUUGAUGUGGAGAGAGCUAAUGCUCUGGCUGCCAACCUUGACAAGAAGCAGAGGAACUUUGACAAGGUCCUGGCAGAGUGGAAGCAAAAGUAUGAGGAGAGCCAGGCUGAGCUGGAAGGAGCCCAAAAGGAGGCUCGUUCUCUGAGCACUGAGCUGUUCAAGAUGAAGAACUCCUAUGAAGAGGCGCUGGAUCAGCUGGAGACCAUGAAGAGAGAGAACAAGAACCUGCAGCAGGAGAUCUCAGAUCUGACUGAACAGAUCGGUGAGACUGGAAAGAGUAUCCAUGAGCUGGAGAAAGCUAAAAAGACAGUGGAGACUGAGAAGUCUGAAAUUCAGGCUGCACUGGAAGAAGCAGAGGGCACUCUGGAACAUGAAGAGUCUAAGAUUCUCCGCAUCCAGCUGGAGCUCAACCAGGUCAAGAGCGAGAUUGACAGGAAGCUGGCAGAAAAAGAUGAAGAAAUGGAGCAGAUUAAGAGAAACAGCCAAAGGAUGACUGACUCCAUGCAGAGCACUCUUGAUGCCGAGGUCAGGAGCAGGAAUGAUGCUCUGAGAGUCAAGAAGAAGAUGGAGGGAGACCUGAACGAGAUGGAGAUUCAGCUGAGCCAUGCCAACAGGCAGGCUGCUGAGGCCCAGAAACAACUGAGGAACGUCCAAGGACAACUCAAGGACGCCCAACUGCACCUUGAUGAUGCCCUCAGAGGACAAGAGGACAUGAAGGAGCAGGUGGCCAUGGUGGAGCGCAGGAACGGUCUGAUGGUGGCUGAGAUUGAGGAGCUUAGAGCCGCUCUGGAGCAGACAGAAAGAGCACGUAAAGUGGCUGAGCAGGAGUUGGUUGAUGCCAGUGAGCGUGUCGGACUGCUUCACUCUCAGAACACCAGCCUUCUGAACACCAAGAAGAAGCUGGAAAGUGAUCUGGUACAGGUUCAGGGUGAAGUGGACGAUGCUGUUCAGGAAGCAAGAAACGCUGAGGAUAAGGCCAAAAAGGCUAUUACUGAUGCUGCCAUGAUGGCUGAGGAGCUGAAGAAGGAGCAGGACACCAGUGCUCACCUGGAGAGGAUGAAGAAGAACCUGGAGGUCACAGUCAAGGACCUGCAGCAUCGCCUGGAUGAGGCUGAGAAUCUUGCCAUGAAGGGUGGCAAGAAGCAGCUCCAGAAACUGGAGCAGAGGGUUUGUGAAUUGGAGUCUGAAGUUGAAGGUGAACAGAGACGUGGAGCUGAUGCUGUUAAAGGAGUCCGCAAAUAUGAGAGUAGAGUUAAGGAGCUGACCUACCAGACUGAGGAGGACAAGAAGAAUUUGGCAAGACUUCUGGACCUUGUGGACAAGCUACAGCUUAAAGUUAAGACCUACAAGAGACAGGCUGAGGAGGCGGAGGAGCAGGAGGCCAAGGCUGAGCUGCAGAGAGGCAUGUCUAAGGCCAACACUGAGGUGGCUCAGUGGAGGUCCAAAUAUGAGACUGAUGCCAUUCAGCGCACUGAGGAGCUGGAGGAGGCCAAGAAAAAGCUUGCCCAGCGUUUGCAGGAGGCUGAGGAGUCCAUUGAAGCUGUGAACUCUAAGUGCGCCUCUUUAGAGAAGACCAAGCAGAGGCUCCAGGGUGAGGUGGAGGACCUCAUGAUUGAUGUGGAGAGAGCUAAUUCUCUGGCUGCCAACCUUGACAAGAAGCAGAGGAACUUUGACAAGGUCCUGGCAGAGUGGAAGCAGAAGUAUGAGGAGAGCCAGGCUGAGCUGGAAGGAGCCCAAAAGGAGGCUCGUUCUCUGAGCACUGAGCUGUUCAAGAUGAAGAACUCCUAUGAAGAGGCGCUCGAUCAGCUGGAGACCAUGAAGAGAGAGAACAAGAACCUGCAGCAGGAGAUCUCAGAUCUGACUGAACAGAUAGGUGAGACUGGAAAGAGUAUCCAUGAGCUGGAGAAAGCUAAAAAGACAGUGGAGACUGAGAAGUCUGAAAUUCAGGCUGCACUGGAAGAAGCAGAGGGCACUCUGGAACAUGAAGAGUCUAAGAUUCUCCGCGUCCAGCUGGAGCUCAACCAGGUCAAGAGUGAGAUUGACAGGAAGCUGGCAGAAAAAGAUGAAGAAAUGGAGCAGAUUAAGAGAAACAGCCAAAGGAUGACUGACUCCAUGCAGAGCACUCUUGAUGCCGAGGUCAGGAGCAGGAAUGAUGCUCUGAGAGUCAAGAAGAAGAUGGAGGGAGACCUGAACGAGAUGGAGAUUCAGCUGAGCCAUGCCAACAGGCAGGCUGCUGAGGCCCAGAAACAACUGAGGAACGUCCAAGGACAACUCAAGGAUGCCCAACUGCACCUUGAUGAUGCCCUCAGAGGACAAGAGGACAUGAAGGAGCAGGUGGCCAUGGUGGAGCGCAGGAACGGUCUGAUGGUGGCUGAGAUUGAAGAGCUUAGAGCCGCUCUGGAGCAGACAGAAAGAGCACGUAAAGUGGCUGAGCAGGAGUUGGUUGAUGCCAGUGAGCGUGUCGGACUGCUUCACUCUCAGAACACCAGCCUUCUGAACACCAAGAAGAAGCUGGAAAGUGAUCUGGUCCAGGUUCAGGGUGAAGUGGACGAUGCUGUUCAGGAAGCAAGAAACGCUGAGGAUAAGGCCAAAAAGGCUAUCACUGAUGCUGCCAUGAUGGCUGAGGAGCUGAAGAAGGAGCAGGACACAAGUUCUCACCUGGAGAGGAUGAAAAAGAACCUGGAGGUCACAGUCAAAGACCUGCAGCAUCGCCUGGAUGAGGCUGAGAACCUCGCCAUGAAGGGUGGCAAGAAGCAGCUCCAGAAACUGGAGCAGAGGGUUCGUGAAUUGGAGUCUGAAGUUGAAGGUGAGCAGAGACGUGGAGCUGAUGCUGUUAAAGGAGUCCGCAAAUAUGAGAGGAGAGUUAAGGAGCUGACCUACCAGACUGAGGAGGACAAGAAGAAUUUGGCAAGGCUUCAGGACCUUGUGGACAAGCUACAGCUUAAAGUUAAGACCUACAAGAGACAGGCUGAGGAGGCGGAGGAGCAGGCCAACACCCAUAUGUCUAGGCUGAGGAAGGUCCAGCAUGAGAUGGAAGAAGCCCAGGAGCGUGCUGACAUCGCUGAGUCUCAGGUCAACAAGCUCAGAGUCAAGAGCCGUGAUGCUGGAAAGAGUGAUUCUGCUGAAUAAGAGACCAGACCUUAAUGGAGCUUUUCAACAGAGUUCAUAAAAUAUGAAUCAAAAGUUGAAUUAUUUUUCCACUGUAAAAUCUAAAUAAAAACUAAGCAUUA